AUGGCCAACACCGACAAACGCCGCAACUGGACGCCCGAAGAAGACGUAGUGCUGCUCAUCCAAGUCGCCGCCGACCUACCCUUUGCAGCUUACAAGGGUCAAGUUACGAAGUCCUGGUUUACGGCGCUGGUAGACGAGCACCGCAAAUUUGACAUGGCAUCUGCAAAACUCUCAGGGGUCGACCAAGAGGAGUUGGAGAAGCAUACCCUGCUCGACGACUUGCUGCCGUUGCUGGACGAAGUCAAGAGCACUGCAGCAAGCAAGCGUGUAAAAAUGGAAGACGACAAAGACAAGGUCGAACAAGGCGGUAUGUUGGUACGAGAGAUGGCCAUGCAAACGAUGAAACGUCGCAGCGACGUCGACAACGACGAAGUGAAAAAGAAACCUGCGGUCGAAAAUCGUCGCAACAGUUUGGCGGCUGCGAUUGAGGCUGACAGCGAGCGCGAAUUGACAAGUCGCGAGAAGCAACUGGAAUUCGAUCGGUUCAA